UUUGCAUCAUGAACUUUUUAAACAAACAGUUCUUAUUUAUUUUCAGCUGUCUCUGUGGGAGUCAGUUGUUUUACUAUCGUCACGAUUUCUCUGGAAAGAUACUUUGCCAUUGUUGAACCACUCCGAUCUCGUCGGUGGCAGACUCGAUCCCACUCCUAUAAGUGCAUCCUUGGAAUAUGGCUUCUGGCCUUGACCUUGAUGAUACCAAUUGCCGCCUCACAGAAACUUAUACAAAUUGGAAACAAAGACCGCCAUGCUUGUCGCGAAAUUUGGCCAAAACAUAUGAGGACUAUUGAAAUUGUGUACGGUGUUUCCUUAUGUGCGAUCUUGUUUAUCAUCCCUUUAUUCAUUAUGGCGCUGGUUUAUGGAAGAAUUGCAUUUAGAUUGUGGGCAGAUAUCACUCAACAGGUCAAUGACAAUGCAGACGGGACUGGUACGUCCAAGAAAGAUGCGGAUAACUCAUCGGUGUCCUUGCCUCUUCGAGGAAAUCAACAGAAAAAUGGUGACCACGUAAGCUUACGUCAUUCUAAUCUACGUCACAGUAUAUCAAGCAGACGACGAGUCAUCAAAAUGUUGGUUGUGAUUGUGCUCGAGUAUUUUAUCUGUUGGACACCGCUGUACGUCUGCAGCACUUGGAAGAUCAUUCACUACGAAUCCAUUCACAGUCGCGUGUCGAAUCUUGCCUGGUCGCUGAUGCUUCUUCUGGCCUAUGUGUCCACGUUUGUUCAUCCUGUAACAUAUUGUUUUAUGAACAAGAACUUCAGGAAAGGAUUUGUAUCAGUUUUCAAGUGUUUUUUACAGAACCGUCUAACGACCAACACUGAGAUGAGUAACUUGACAGCCACUUCGUCCCCCACCGUUCGAUUCCACUCAACGGAGUACACAAAAGUUCAGUCUAUAGACUAGUGUCAUCAUUAUGAUAAAAAAAAAAUCCUGUCUACAGACAAUAGAGCGUCCAGUCUAUAUAUUACUAGACAUCAUCAUCGAAUUUAUCCUGGGUCAAGACUGUAAUGAUAACUGAAAAUCUACUUAAAACUAAAAUAGAGCAAAUAGUUAGAUAAAGAGAUGAAAAUUGACAAGAGUAGUCAGUAAUUUUUUGGACAAGUACAGUUGUUAUCGACCAUAGUUUAAAAACGAAAUUUACUAAUUAACUGGCUUUCCUAAACAUUAAAUUGUAAGGAAAAGGAUAUAUUUUCUUAAAAUAGCCUGAAAAAAUAAGAAAAUUGAACAGUGUACACGUUUAAACAAAGCAAUACUAAAAC